AUGCCCAUUAACCUCACUCCUGCAUAUAUCCUGAACAAGAUUCUUGACGAGGAGGAGUAUAAUGAAGGCAUCGAUGCUAUCAUCGAGAGAGAGUUCUUCCCGCAAGUGGGUCGUUUGCGUGCUGAAAAUGAGUAUCUGGAUGCCAAAGCCGAGAAUGAUGUGAUUGGGAUGCGCACCAUCGCAAGAAAAGCUGCGAUGGCGCGUACGCUUGAGGGUACCCCGGCCGCCUCGCCCCAUAUCCGGACGCCAGGCGCUCUUCCCUCUGUCACUCCUUCGUUACUUGGAGGUCGCGGGAAUGAAACUCCCGGUGUCAGCGGAACACAGUAUUUUUCAGGACAGGAGGCAAGUCAAUCGGAGGGACCCAGAGUUAAGGCCUCUACCGGUCUGAAUGAGUUCUUACGCACUCACGCUAGUGAAGAUAACGCAGAGUUUGAAGUGUUAAUGGCGAAGCAACGAGAAGCCAACAAGCAGAAGUACGCAUGGCUACACGCCGUCGAGGCUAAAAGCGAAGAGAAGAGGCUGGCCAUUACAGCGGCUCAGGAUGAAAAUCUCGGAGUGGUCAAGACUAUCGAAGCGGCACGGGAUAACAGUACAAAUGGAGCGCUAAUUGGCUGGGAUUACAAGAAUAAAAACUCGCUGAUGUAUUUUCCCGACGGCACGAACCAGUCCGUAUCCACGCUGGAUUCAGUCAAGGCAGCCAGUAAGCAGGUGGUUGUCGCUAACACACGCCUAAGGGAAAACCCCUUCAAAAAACCGGCUGAUGUGAAGAAGAAACCCAGCACGUCCCUAUUUGGCGUGGGCACUGUUCUGGGCUCAAUCAGUAUCGCUGGUCAUGAGAAGGUAGCACCCUCUCCCGAAGUUCGGGGCUAUGGUUUCAUUGGUACCCCGGUGCCUAGGCCCGGAGAAGGGGACGGCUUGGGGGGUGUGGGUUUGGCGGGGGACGAGUCGCCUAUGAUGACAUGGGGCUCCAUUGAAGACACACCGUUUAGGAUAGAAACCGAAGCCACGCCAGGUGUGUACUGCUUUGUGCAGCUGUAUAUUAAUACAACAUUCUAUCAGCGUGUGCUUAUAGCCUUGCUAUAUGCACAUGUGUAG